AUGGAUCCAGACUUGCAGGAGGCCUUCAAUGAUGUUCAGAGCUCCGUCUACAGAACAGCUCUAAAACUACGCUCUGUACAAAGUCUGUGCCAGUUGGAUUUGAUUGACGUUUCUCUGAUUCAGCACAUCCUAUCAAGUGAACACAGCCAGAGGGAAAAGCAGAUUUCUCUGAAAGUGCAACAGAUCUCUGGAAUGCUGAUGAAACUGUUUGAGAGGGCAAGAUUGGAAAAACCAGGUCAGGUAGAUCCUAGAGCCACUGAAUUCACAUUGAGCCUGCUAGUUGCCAUGUAUGACAGAUCCGGAACAGGUUAUAUCAAAACUAGAUCUGCUGCAGCUGCCCUAAUUGCCCUUUCAGGAGACACUCUACUGGCUAAAUACAGAGCUUUCUUCCAAUUUUAUGCUGUCCCUGAUGGAAAGGUGGCCUUGAUGACCCGUAGUGCCCUGAGAAGCCUACUAACAGACUUAAAUCAGAUCCCAGCCAUUGUGGGAGAAAGCUGUGCUCUGUCUUGUCUGGAAGUGGCGACUCACAGCUGUUUUCAUGGGGUUCUGAAGUCAGCAAUUGAUGAAGAAAAAUUCCUGUCUUGGCUGAGAUCGGAGCCUGCUGUUCUUCUGUGGCUCCCUACAUGUUACAGGUUAUCAGCCACAGAAAUGGUUUCUCACCAGGCUAGAUGUAGAGUCUGCAAAACUUUCCCCAUUACAGGCCUCAGGUAUCGCUGUCUGAAGUGCCUCAAUUUUGACCUCUGCCAAGUCUGCUUUUUCACUGGUCGUCUCAGCAAACCACAUAAGAGUUCACAUCCUGUUAUGGAGCACUGUGUACAGAUGUCAGCAAAGGCGAAUGCAAAGCACUUUCUCCGCACCAUCAGGAACAACCUGUUUCAAGAGCGCUGCAGAAGAAAGGAGGCUCAGAGAAGGAGGGCUCUGGAAAUAGCAGAAGAGAACCACUUUCCUACUCACAAAAAUACUCCUCCCCCUGCAGAACUCAGUGCUUCCCCACUUCCUGGCCCUGAAAACCUGUCUUUCUCAGGGGACAGACCUGUCCCGGAUUCACCCAAGUUCAUAUCUGAAAACAGAGCUGUAAUGCAGAAGAGUGAGAAUAACAGCAAGACACUAGAGCAAGGCAAGACAAAAACUCAGGCAAUAGCCUCUUUUGAAGCAGAUGUGUUAAAAAUGCAUGAAUCCAUCAAAAGCAUUCACAAUGAGAACAGGUACAUGAAGAAGCAGUUCAACGAGUGGAGGGACAAAAUGCAAUUUCUUCAGAACUGCCAGGAAGACAAAAGCUGCAAAAUAGAGGCAAAGCUCCAGGUCCUGAGAGCCAGCCAUGAAAACCUGCAAAUGGAACUGCAGCAAAUGAAGCAAGAUGUAAAGGCAAUGUUACAGUCAUCAGAGCAUCUUGUUGUACAGUGUCAGAAUAUGAUGCCAAGAAAUCCAGAUGUGCUGCUGGAAAGGAGAGUGCAGGGUAGAUUAAAUCCUGCCCAAAUGAGGCCUAGUCCCAGAACACGUACAGACAGGAAAUCUUUGAAUGCCCCCAACUCUGCAAAUAGAAUGGAGUUUUUACAGACACCUGAGGUUCCCACUGCAGCAGACUUUACGUUCUCAGAAGACCCACUGGAGUCAGUGUCCCUGCAGAGUGACAGACCUUUUAUGGGACAGUAUAAAAAAGCAGAAGAGAAUCAAACAUAUCCACCUGAAUUGACAGAAAACUCCCUCAGUGGCAUCAUGAAGAAUACAGUUCUUACUCCCACCGUGGUGCAGAUACCACCCGAUGAGAAAGAAGUCAGUGAGGAAGUGGAACUGCAGCAGCUAGUGAUGAAACUGAAGGAUGCAUUGUCUCUCCAAGUCAAACCAGCUCAACAGUCUGCUUUGCAGCAGGAGUUCUUCACUACAGCUGAACGUGUUUGCAGAUCCUUUUCUGACCUCAUCAACCAAGUAACUUCAAGCUUGUAAAUGAUGGAAACUACCAUUCACCUUAUAGCUUCACUGACCUAUUGA